CCGACCAACGGACGGACACCGGGCGGAUAGUUCGCGCUUGACGGAUUCGAUCGUUUCAACGGCCACGGAGGAGAGGACAUGCGACCGGAGGAACGCCGUUUCACGGACGGAUGAACGUGACUCUGGCACUCUCGACUCGAUGCAGAGGGACGCUGAGGAAAUGGCCACGUGACGCGUCAGUCGAGAACCCGGGCGCAAGAUGAAUACGAACGGCAAUGUCGGCUCUCAGGAGGGUGGAAACGGUACCGAUUACGGUUCCAGCGAGGAGACGGCAGCCCUGCUGAGCAGGGCGCCACCCCCGCCGGUCGUGGUUGCCGCGGCGUCUCAGGGCAAGCCGGUGCUCACGCGACAGGAUCGAGCAACCUUUUUGGUUGCCUCGCCACAGUUGUCCGUCUCGGGGCUCGGCGGCUCCGAGGAGAGCGGCACCAACGAAGACCCGGCAACGAGAUCGGUACCGGACAUUGAGUUGCACUGUCGACUCGACAACGACGUUCAACCGCCUCCGCAGCAGCAGACCCAAGUACAGCAACCGAUCGUGCCUACCAUUUAUCGCUCCAGACAGCCUCACCACCAGCACAGAUGUCGCUGCGAUCGCAGGGACUCACUGGCGCCAUCUUCAGCGUUGCAUCUCGCGAGAAGCGUUUCUAGAGAAAGCGUGAAGAGCGGGCACCAUUGUUGCCCGUGCCAGGCCCCGCCGCCGCCAGUUCUCGUUACAACGUCCCCCAGUGCGCGAAUAAUACGACAAAGCUCGCAACCGGAAGCAUCGGCGUGCUGUUGUUCCGGAUGUUGUUGCCCUCUGCACGCUGGCACAGCGCCGAGUGCCGCCUCCCUGCGGCAGCUGCGCGAACCAGGCGACGGUAUAGCCGGCAUCGCCGCGGACUCGUUGCGGAUCAAUGGCGGCAUUCGACAAUUCCGACAGUUCCCCUGGUGGUGCAAAUCGUCGUCGACGACAAUGCCGACGACGCCGCCGCCGCCCAUGGCUAUGGUAGCCGGUCCAGGAUCCGGUUCCGGUCCUCAGGGCGCCCAGGGGGUCGUUCUCUGUCCACGUACGCUGUCGCAGGUCCGACGAUCACGGCUGCGAAGGGCCCUCACCGAGGCGACCGCCGAGACCGUCAACUACGUCAAGACGCUACGGAAGCCAGUGUCGACUCUCUCGAUCCCGGGGGCGAUGAAGAACAGCGGCGGCGUGGCCGGUGGGGGCGGCGUGGGUGGCGCCGGGGGCGUCGGCGGGGGUGGUGGUUGCGGUAGCGGCGGUGUUACCGGAACCGGCGAGGAUGCCGGGAUCGCCCUUGUUGGCGUCCACUCGGAGUACCCACGGUACAUGGACGACCGCGUGCUCGGCGGUCAGGUAAAGGGCCCAUCGGGCAGCAUAGGGCCCGGCUCGAAGCACAAACCAAACGUCGGUUACCGGCUGGGCAGACGGAAGGCCCUGUUCGAGAAGCGGAAGCGCAUCAGCGACUACGCGCUCGUCAUGGGCAUGUUCGGCAUCAUCGUGAUGGUCAUCGAGAACGAACUGUCCAGCGCCGGUGUCUACACCAAGGCCUCGUUUUACUCGACAGCAUUGAAAACCCUGAUCUCUGUGUCUACUGUGAUACUGCUUGGCCUCAUAUUUGCUUACCAUGCCUUAGAAGUUCAGUUGUUCAUGAUCGAUAACUGCGCGGACGAUUGGCGGAUCGCGAUGACCUGGCAGAGGAUCGCGCAGAUUACGCUCGAGUUGGUAAUCUGCGCGGUCCACCCGAUCCCAGGGGAGUACUAUUUCCUGUGGACGACCAAGCUGGCGAACAAGGGCGGCGACUUCGGCUCCAAAUGGGUGCCGUACGACGUCACCCUCUCGCUGCCGAUGUUCUUCAGACUCUACCUCAUCUGUCGCGUGAUGCUGCUGCACUCGAAGCUGUUCACCGACGCCUCGUCGCGCAGCAUAGGGGCCUUGAAUCGUAUUAACUUCAACACCAGGUUCGUCCUGAAGACCCUGAUGACCAUCUGCCCGGGCACCGUGUUGCUCGUCUUCAUGGUCUCGUUAUGGAUCAUCGCCUCUUGGACGUUACGUCAGUGCGAGAGGUUUCACGACGAGGAGCACGCGAAUCUCCUUAAUGCUAUGUGGCUCAUUGCCAUCACGUUUCUGAGCGUCGGUUUCGGUGACAUCGUACCCAACACGUACUGCGGUCGAGGUAUAGCCGUUUCAACUGGAAUAAUGGGCGCCGGAUGCACGGCCUUGCUGGUGGCGGUUGUUUCCAGGAAGCUCGAGCUCACAAGGGCGGAGAAGCACGUUCAUAACUUUAUGAUGGAUACGCAAUUAACGAAAAGGCUGAAAAACGCCGCGGCGAACGUGUUACGCGAGACGUGGCUAAUUUACAAGUACACCCGCAUAGUGAAACGCGUGAAUCCAGGACGUGUUCGGACGCACCAGCGGAAAUUUCUGUUGGCUAUAUACGCACUCAGGAAAGUGAAGAUGGAUCAGCGAAAAUUAAUGGACAACGCCAAUACCAUCACCGAUAUGGCCAAGACGCAGAACACAGUCUACGAGAUCGUCUCGGACAUGAGCACGCGUCAGGACGCGCUGGAGGAGCGUCUGGUGGGCCUGGAGGACCGGCUGAUCGGCCUAGAAGAGAAACUGACCGGCCUUCAGGGUCAACUGGAGCUGCUGCCGGAGGAGCUGACCAGGUGCCUGGCUCAGCACGCCGAGCGUAUGGAGCAGCGGAGGAACUUCCUUCACCCGGACACGGCGGUCGCGAUGGCGUCGGCGAGCGGCGUCGGCGGUGUCUCCGUGGUGAACAGCCUGUCGAUGGGCAUAUCCGGUAGCAACGUGUCCGCCCAUCAUCCACUGGGCAGCAUGUCGAAUUCGCCGCUGCUGCCGCACUCGAGGAGCGUGCCUAGCGCGCCCAGCACAAUGUCCCUUCAUCCGUGGCCAGUCAGUCCGGUCCUGCCGCCGGUAUCGAGCCGUACGCCUCACCUGGUGCCAGAGACUGGCAAGCACCACAACCUGGCUCACUCCACGGUGGCCACCACGACGACCUCGCAGUCAGCCACCAGGCUCACCUCGCAGUCCGGAAUGGGAGGACUGGGCAACAGUCAGGGGUCCGACAAGUCUCCACACAGCUGAGUCUCGUCUUUGCAGCCGCAGCACUCUUACUAAGGUGCCCGACGAUGGGUACUUAUAGACGCUCGCGUAUCUUCGAGUCCCUCCCGCGCGAUUACCUCUGCCCCGAUCCCUCUCAAAGGGAACAGGAAAAAGUUUCUCCGGGUCCAUCGUGCGAGAACUCGUUACAGCGAGACUCUGGGACCGGUGGAGUUCGAUGGACGGUGGUUUAACAUCGGGUCGGUGGCGAGACCAAGCGUUCUUGGACCUAGAAACCCUCGAGGUAGUUGUUUGUCCUUUGGAGUUCAGUUUGGUACGGGUACAUCCGGUGUCUUGAAGAGACGUUCAGUUUGUAGGUGCUUAGUCAACGAGUCGUCUCUGUAUGGUAACCGAGUAUCGUGAUCCUUUCUUUUUUAAUCUUUAUUUUGAUAUUCGAGUGUUGAAUUAUUCUUAGAAAGUCUUAGAAGCGAAACCAGCGAUUCGGGUCAUAGUUGAAACUGCAGGUUCCUAACGAUCAAUAGUCGCCAAUUCCGAUUGAUGGCAAACUAGAGAGUCGAGAGGUCAGGGAAAGUUGGCAAUAGAGAAAUCUCAAAGUCUGUGGAUGAACUUGCGCCGCUUCCGAACUCGCCGUACCAAACUUGACAAUUGACUUUUACGUUUCUCCCUUUGACGCGUUCGCUGUCGCGGCCAUUUUCUAUUUCGAACGAGGGCUACGAUUCCGUGUCGGUAUCCAGAGUAUUCUGUUUUAUUUGUACAUAGUUAAAAGACUGCACCAGAUACAUCGCUGCGGUAACGAACGCGUUAAUAGCUUCUAUUCGCCGGAAGUCGAGGAAUCGAGUCUCGCGACCACCGACGAUCGAACCUAACCGCCCACUUCCGUAACCACAGACAAAACGAAAGUCUUGCAGUAGCAUAAACAACGGGUCCAAUCCUCUUCCCGAUUGACUGUGUCUUCUCGCUAAAACGAAAACAAAUUCACACACACACACACACACACACACACACACACACACGUACACUCAGAAACAAACACACAGAGGUCGAAAGGCGGAAUCCCCCAACGCUUAGGGAUCGAUCCAUGUUUCCGUAGGAUCCACGAGGAUCAGCGCGAACAGAAAGGAGGGACUCACGGAUACGAGCGUCCUCUUCCACUUGCUGCGAGCUGCUCCCCUGCCCAACUUGCGUGCCUGAAAACUUUUUUCUUAAUAUUUAAAUAUAUA